AAACCCCGACUAUCGAGUUGUGUGUGAGAUCUGCAAGAAAACAAGAGAGAGAAUAAGAGAAAGAGAGAGAGAGAGAGAGAGAGAGGGAGAUUUUUCCAUCUCCAAGUUUUUUUUUCUUCUCACCCGAGAAAAUGAGAGAAAAUCUGUGAGAAAGUUUUCAAGCGGAUUAUGUAAAAAUUUAUAUAAUCUUUGUGGCAGUUUUCGUUUUUGUGUGUUCUGGAAUCUGCUUCUGGUUUUUUUUUUCUCUCUCUUCGAUUUUUCUCCUUCGUCAUGAGGAUCCGGAAGAACGCCAAGUUAUCGCCACUGUUGUUUUCGGCUAUGGAGUCGUCCUCCGUUCCUGAAGUUCUUCAGACGCACAUUUGUCAGUUGAAUCAGUCGCCAUGGGAUGUGAUUCCUCUUCACCAACACGACACGAACCAGCUCGAGGAGGCUGAAGAUAGCUUCAAUGGAAAUGCUAGCUUUGGCGAUUCUGUCGGAGCUGUCGAGAGCGUCUCGUCGAUGAUGGAGGAGUCGGCGAAAUUAUCGAAUAAUAAUAUUGUUAUUACCAACGGGAAUGAAGUAAUGGCGGAUAAGGAUGGGGAUUAUUGUGAAGAUUUUGAUGAAAAUGGAAACGGAUUCGAGAAAUUAGUCGAUAGCAAUUUGAAAUUUAAGAAACAAUUUAAAGAGGAAGAUUAUUCUUCGUUUAGCUCCGACAUCCACCACCGCCGUUCAUUUCUUAGGUCUAGCGAGAAUAAUUAUUAUUCUACUCUCGAUAAUUGCUCGAUUUCGAAGAAAUCCGCCGCCGGAGGUACGGUAUCGCGUCGGAUACGGCCAGCAAGGUCUUCGAAGAAGGCGGUUAAUGCAGCGGCGGGUGGAUCGAAUCCGUACGAAUUUUAUUAUUAUUCUGGAUUCGGGCCGCUGUGGGGGAAGAAACGACGGGAUAGGGGAGGAGAGGAAGAGGGAGGGAAAUCGAGCGAAAAUACGACGGGAAUUCGGAGCAAUGCGACGACGCCGUCACCGUCUGACGUGGAGGAGUUGGAUUAUGUGGAAGACGAUGACGACGAUGAGGAGGAGGAGGACGGCGACGGCGACGGCGGGAAAAAACGGAUGAGGAAGCCGGUAAAAGCGCGCUCAUUGAAAUCGCUGAUGUAAAAGAAGGAAUUGGAUUCGAAUUUGGAAUUAGGAUUUUGGGUUUUAGUUUUCGUGGUGGGAAAUUAUUCGUGAGGGUUUUUCUUCUUCGUCUUUGAAGCAAUUGUUUGUUAGGGUUGUGAAGGAUUUUUCGUUCUUUUUUUUUUUUUUUUUUUUUAUCUUUUUUGUUCUUUUUGG